AUGUCUCGAUCAAAAAACUCAGUAGAGCUUUGCGCUUUACUGGUCGACGAGACUUACGGCGAAUUAACCUCCGUAUCUUCCUCGGCGCAAGCUGCCCGGCCCUCCCUCCCAGGUGGACUAAGCUGGGCAAAUCAUCUUUUGGUUUGGUCAAGUCUGACGUGGGAACAGCGCAUAUUUACAGUUCUCCUUCGGCACGGACGACUCGAAACCAAAGGCAUUAGACUACACACCAAGCUUUCCCAGCGCGCCGUCCUGCACGGUCUCACGGUGCUCAUUCAGCAAGGCCUCGUCUACCACAAUCGCGAUGAUGACCAACACACAUUCUACGAAGCCAACGACGAUGCGGCAUAUGGUCUGGCCAGGUCGGGAAAGAUCCUCGAGAUUGUGGAGAGCAGAUACGGGCCGUUUGGGCGGGAUGUCAUGCAAAAACUAUUCACGAUGGGUUAUACCAAGAUUUCUGAUCUUGCAAACGCAUAUGAGUCAACCACAGUCCAGGAGCACCACCCCAACGGCAAUGGCAAAAUGAAUGGGCAUGCUACCAAGAACGGUGUGAACGGCCUCUCCGAGGAACAUCCCUCCACUGGACCCCUACACACUGUACUCGCCCACUUCCUCGAAGCUGGCAUAAUUGAACCUGUGGUUGAGAGCAUGCUGCGGAGCCCUACGGAUCUAUACAACAUGGCCGAGAAGGAAAUUACCAACCAGUUCUUCUCUGGAGGCACGAAGGGUAUCAAGCAAAAAGAAGAACUGAAGCAAAAAAUCCAAUCCCGUAUAGAGGCUGCUAGAUCUGAUGGUCCUCAAUGGCAGCCAAGAGGAAUGAAGAGGAAAAUGAACGGCGACCACAACGGAACAAGUGGUGGCCUGAAGCGGAGGAGACUUUCCAGUGGUGAAGAUGCCACCAAAGGUGAUUUGCUAUACGAGGAUGAUGGCACGAGACUCGACCUGAACCUGGUUGUCCGCAUCAAUUAUGAGAAAUGUACAGUCGCGAUCCGUAGCCAAGCGCUGGUUGCGCUUGCAUAUGAUCGGAUUGGCGAGACCACAUCUCUCAUUUAUGCCGAGGCCCUUCGAAUCUUGGAGAGCCAAAUCCCACGAUGUCGGUUAAGUUCAAAGGUUCACGUCGAUGAAGUUUCUGCCGGACCAUCUUUCACCACCAUGCAGCUCACAACUGCCCUCAGCAAAUCUAUAAACCCAGAUCUUGGUAUUGGAAAGGCGGAAAGUUCCAAAGAUGGAAAAGUGGCAAAAGGAGUAAAUGGAGAUGUGCACAUGAAAGAUUCAAAUGGAAAUGGCAAAGCUGCAGACGAGGAUGAAGAUGACCCGUUUGCAGAUGAGCCGCGAAUGACGAAACGUCUCAAGGUCACUUUCCAGGACAAGCUCCCAGGGCUCGACACACCUGAACGAAGCGAGAAUCGGAUGCAACAAAUCAAGAACCACCUUCAACUUCUCGAGUCAGAUGACUUCCACCUGCUGCGGAAAUGUGGAAAUAGCGGUCAGGGCGAGUGGACGGUCGACUUUGCUCGCAUCAACCAACUCAUGCGGCAGGCCGAGAUUGACAAUUUGCUGUUGGAGAAUCAUGGCGUAUUUGGUCAUCGGCUGGCUCGGAUCCUGAAUAAGUUCGGCAAGCUUGAUGAAAAGCAACUUCCCAACUUGGCUCUGAUGAAGCAAAAGGAUGUCCGUACAAAGCUGGCCGAGAUGCAACUGGCAGGUAUGGUGGAUAUCCAAGAAAUACCCAAGGAUGCCAACCGGAGCAACCCUAAUCGCGUCUUCUACUUCUGGUUCUUCGAUAGCGAGCGCGUCGCAUCCGUCAUCCUUGAGAAUACCUACAAGAUGAUGUCCCGAUGCCUCCAGCGUCUCGAUAUCGAGCGGCGCAGCGCAGCUUCUGUCAUUGAGGUGACCGAUCGAAGCGAUUUGCAAGAUCAGCAACCGGAAGACUAUCUCGAGCCUGUUUCUGUUUAUGUGUGUAUGUGGGUGUUUUCUCAAUAUCUUGUGGACGCUCAAGUCUUGGCUGAAGAGGAGUACACCAAGCCUAUUAAGCACAAUCAACUUGUCCUUCUCAACUUCGACCGAACUUUCCUUGCUGGCAUCUCUAUCUCUCUUGCCAACAAGAAGCAGUAUUGUGGAGAACGCUCUGAGAAAAGAAAACACCUCUUUCAUAAAGGAAUUGACUACCCAGUAAGCAAGCAGAUAAAUAAUGCGUGGUACAUAGUGGUGUAUAUCCUCUACUCCCCCUACACCCAUUCACCCACUUAUAAUAAUCCAGAUCUUAUUGCCCCCCCACCCCCCAAAAUAUAA